AUGGUCUCAUACGUCUCGAAACUAGCCGCUAAAACAGCUCCACACUUUGGUAAGUUGAACCUUUCCAACAUCAUUGCCUACACUCCAAAUUUGUUGUUCUGGAGUGGAGCUUCCUGGGCAGGUCUUUUUGUUUUCACUGAAGGAUGGCCUUUGUUUCAAGACACUUUCUUUAAAAAGGUCCCUGUCUUCGGUACACACUGGGUUAAAACUGUCGAUCCUGAGGACAGCCCACAGUAA